CCCAUUUGUUGGCUAAAAUUUGUAAAAUUCAUAUUUUGGGGUUCCCUCAUUUGUUGGCCAAAAUUUGUAAAUUUCAUUUUUUGAGGAUAUGGGGUCGUAUUUUGAUAGAUGGGAGAAAGAUCCAUUCUUUUUUGCUGCAGAAGAGGUUCAAGAAUCUGCUGACAGGAUGGAAUCAACUUAUAGAACAUGGAUUCAUGCGUUGAAGGAUACCUCUGGUCGUUGGGAUUCCGAUGAGCUAUGCAGAGACCUAAGGACUACCCUUGGCACUGCUAAAUGGCAGUUGGAGGAAUUUGAACGGGCAGUUAGUUCGAGCUACAAUAAUACUUCUUCAACUGAUGAUGCUAAAGAAAGGCAUGGUGAAUUUGUUACUGCAAUCGACAAUCAGAUUAAGAAAGUAGAGAAGAGUCUAAAUGAAUCAGCUUUUUCACAAGGCAAUCAAUGGGUGCGCUUGGACGAGAGGGAGCUCGAUGAACUAGCUGUUUUUCUCUCAGGACCGUCGGCCUCUUCUUCGUUUUCGGACAAAUCCUCUGUAAAAGUUGACGAAGAGGAUUGUAAGCAACGAAUGCCAGAGUAUUCAAAGAGUUCGUCUAACUUAGUGGACGGGAGUCAAGUUGAGACCACCAAGGAUGAGAAGUUUCCAAACCACCGGAAGACAGCAAGUGAUUUUGCUGAUAUUGAUGCUUGGAAGAUUUCUGUUGCUGAUGACAUUUACGGAAAACAACCUGCACCAUGCCCUCGCAAGAUACCCAGUAUCCAAGGGCUGUUGAAUUGCAUGGAAUCUGCAAAGUUGAAGUUGUCAAAGAAUGGUUACAGGAAGUUGAAGUUCAACCCUGUUGAUCAUCAACAAGCUGAUUGUACAUUGCCGCAGUCUCAGCCAUUGACUAGGGGCAUCAACACAUGUUGUGAGAGGAGUAAGAGUUGCCUUGAUUCUUGUGAUGAAAGUUAUGAGAAGCAACUCUAUGGUUGGUAUGGAGCAGUACAACGACAGCUGCAGAGGUCUCAGUAUUAUGUGAAAUAUAAUCGACUUGUUCAAAUGGUUUCUUCUGUGGUUCUUCUAAUUUUCUUCAUUGUUUUAUUGGCGUUCCAUAUUUGAGUGACGAGCCUCUGUUCCUGCAAACGAAGAAGCUUGCAGGGUUUGAAAGAUCAACGCACAACUGCCUAUCAACUGUAUCUUAUACAGGCAUGUGAUUUUGUUGGAGUCAUAUGAAGCUGGAACUGAUUGCACUAGAAUAGUGUCUGUAAUACCUUAACCUCUAUCCUGCCAAUAUAAGUGCCACUAGGGGUAGCUAAAUACUGUUGUACUAUAAGAUGAAUCUUAUGGAUUGCAGGUAAUGUUGUUCCAAAUCUGCAUCCAACAGAAAUGAACCAUUUCAGCUCUAUUUGACCCUCUAAAUCUUGUAUAGUGUGCUAUAGUUCAUUGUUUGGAUGUGAGUCUAAGCGGCCGCUUCUUCUUCC